CAACCACGUGGUCAUAGACACGGACAGCGGAUCCUCCUACGAACCACGUCGAGGAUGAGGGCGCAUUGUACCUUUUCCCAUGAAGCCGCUAAGUCCAUCGUCGAAUACCCUCGUGCUCCACCGGUCGCGGGCGUCGUCUACGUCGUCCCUGACGUCGUCGCCACCGAUGGGAUGGCGCGCCCUUGACCACGUGCGCGUCGAGAUUCUCCGAGCCAGCGUUUGCAAAAACGUCGACAAGAGCCAGCCCCGCGAAGCCAGCGUCAUUUACGUCCUCAAGAUCUACGACGGCGCAUCGCACCACUUGGUCGAGCAGAGUUGGGCUGCGUUCCUCGAGCUCAAGCGCGACUUGCUAACGGCGCUGGACCCGGGGCACGCGUGCAAUGGCCUGUGUCCUUGGCUCUACGAAGACCUCGCGUCCAACUUUGACAUACCCCGGCGCAACGUGCCGUUCUUCAAGUACCUCUUCAUUCGCCUGCACGUGAUCAACCGCCGAACGAUUCAAGUGUUUCGGGAACACUUCCAGGAGCUUCUGGACUCGCUCCUCCGGCUUCUUCACACGCGCGGCGGUCACUGCAAGCGACUUCUCGAUGUCUGCACCGUCCUCGCAAACUUUCUGCACAUUCGGCCGCCCACGAUCGCCGUGGCCCGGUCGCGCUCGUCGAUUCCCUAGCGCACGCGACGCUAUGUCAUAUUAGUAUAUUUAUAAUAUCACAGUCUUUGCCAACCCGAGCUGGAUCGGCUCGAGAGACAAGA